AUGCAGGAUCCCUUUGAUAUUCUUCACAGGUAUUAUCAGCCUGGAGACAUCAUCUUUGGAAGCAUUGGUUCUCAGAGCAUAAUCCUUUCCAGUCCAAAGGCUUUUGAUGAACAACCUCCCCAGAAACUAUCUGAAGAAGCAAUUGCAGUGACUAAGAACUACCAGCACAUCCUGGCCUUGGUGUUUGCUAUAAACGAGAUCAAUGAAAACCCUAAGAUCCUACCAAAUGUCACCCUGGGAUUUCAUAUGUAUGACAUCUAUUCCAAUGCUGCAUUCACCUAUCAUGCUACAAUGAAACUUCUUUCAACAAGAGACAGAUUUAUCCCCAACUAUAAAUGUGACUUCCAAGAUCAUCUUCUUUCAGUCAUUGGGGCACUUCACUCAGAAAUGUCUCACCACAUAGCUAAUGUUUUGAGUAUCUACAAGAUUCCACAGAGUGGCAUAUGUUUAGCCUUUGUCGAAACGUGUCCCCAAAAUUUCAGCUUUGAUGAUGAGAAUGGAGACAUAAUAAAAAAAGCAGCUGAAAUGUUUGACAGAGUUAUGAGCAGCACAGCCAAUGCAUUUGUCUGCUAUGGAGAAGCAGAUUCCAUAAUAUUUUUGAGAUGGGUGCUAUAUCUACCAGAAGUGGAAGUUACAACACAAAUGCCAAGAGGUAUAGUCUGGAUCCUGACAGCACAGAUAGAGUUCAAAUCAUUUUCCUACCAACGUGAUUGGGAUAUCCAAGCCUUCCAUGGUGCUAUAUCUUUUUCAAUUCACUCCAAUGAGGUACAGGGAUUCAGAAAAUUUCUUCAGGGCAGAAACCCUCCCAGCACAGCAGAUGAUGGUUUUAUCAGAGAUUUCUGGGAACAGGCAUUUGGCUGUGUAUUCCCAAGCUCUGCUUUGGAUGAUGUGGUGGGUGAUAUCUGUACUGGAGACGAGAGUCUGGAGAACCUUCCUGGGCCUUUUUUUGAAAUGAGCAUGACUGGUCACAGCUACUGUAUCUACAAUGCUGUCUAUGCAGUGGCCCAUGCGCUGCAUAUGCUUUCAUCCACAUCCAAACACAGAACAAUGGCAGAGGGAGAAAGAAAGAAACUUCAAAAGAAUCAACCAUGGCAGGUCCACCACUUUCUCAAACAAGUCUCAUUUAACAACAGUGCUGGGGAUGUGGUUUCCUUUGACCAAAAUCGGGUAUUAGUGUCAGGAUUUGAUAUUGUAAACUGGGUCACAUUCCCAAACAAAUCUUUUGUUAGAGUGAAAGUUGGAAAGAUUCAUUUCAAAGCUCCAAGUGAAGACCAAGCAAUCACCAUUAAAGAAGAUGCCAUUGUGUGGCACAGAUGUUUUAAUGAGACAUAUCCUAUUUCUGUAUGCACUGAUUCCUGCUUUCCCGGUUAUAGCAAGAAAAAGAAGGAAGGGGAGCCAUUCUGCUGCUAUGAUUGCUUUCCAUGUCCAGAAGGGAGGAUAUCUGAUAAGAAUGACAUGGCUGAAUGUUUUCAAUGCCAAGAAGAUCAUUAUCCAAGCAAGGAUAAAAAGACAUGCAUUCCUAAGCUUGUAACCUUUUUGUCAUAUGAAGAACCUUUGGGGAUCAGUUUAGCUACUGGUGCUCUUUCAUGUUCUUUGAUCAUAGCUCUGGUGCUAGGCAUUUUUGCAAAGCACUAUGACACUCCCAUUGUCAAAGCCAACAACCGUUCUCUCACCUACAUUCUCCUCAUCUCUCUUUUGCUCUGUUUCCUGUCUGCAUUGCUAUUCAUUGGACGACCUGAGAAGAUAAUGUGUCUCCUCCGACAAACUGCUUUUGCCAUCAUCUUCUCAGUGGCUGUAUCUUGCAUGCUGGCAAAAACCAUGACUGUGGUUCUGGCUUUCAUGGCCACCAAGCCAGGAUCCAGGAUGAGGAAGUGGGUGGGCAGAAAACUGUCCACCUCUGUUGUAAUUUCUUGCUCCUUUAUCCAAACAAUGAUUUGUAUUACAUGGUUGGCAAUCUCUCCCCCAUUCCCAAAUGUUGACAAACAUUCAACGACUAAUGAAAUUGUAUUGGAAUGUAAUGAGGGUUCAAGUACCAUGUUUUUCUGUGCUUUGGGCUACCUGGGUUUCCUGGCACUUGCCAGCUUCACUGUGGCUUUCCAUGCCAGGAAGCUACCAGAUAGUUUCAAUGAAGCCAAGUUCAUCACUUUCAGCAUGUUAGGGUUUUGCAGUGUUUGGUUCUCCUUUGUUCCAACUUACCUGAGUUCCAAGGGAAAAUAUACGGUAGCUGUGCAGAUCUUCUCAAUCUUAGCCUCCAGUAGCGGGGUAAUGGGCUGCAUCUUUUCCCCAAAAUGUUACAUCAUUGUAAUAAGGCCUCAUUUGAACAAAAGGGAACUACUAAUCAGCAAAAAUUUCAAAUAA